AUAAAUAAGGCUCGGAGGUAACUGGUAUCAUUACUCGCAACUUGAUUUCACAUCAUAAUGCCGCCAAAAGCUCCCGCAGGAAAAUCCGCAGGCAAGAAGGCCGUUAAGAAGCAAGUCGGAGAGGGCAAGAAGAAGAGAAAGGGAAGACGUAAGGAAAGCUAUGCCAUCUACAUCUACAAGGUGCUGAAGCAAGUUCACCCCGACACCGGUAUCUCGAGCAAGGCCAUGGGCAUCAUGAACUCGUUCGUGAACGACAUCUUCGAGCGCAUCGCUGGUGAAGCCUCCCGCCUUGCGCACUACAACAAGAAGUCCACCAUCACGAGCAGGGAAAUCCAGACGGCCGUUCGUCUGCUCCUUCCCGGUGAGCUGGCCAAGCACGCCGUGAGCGAGGGAACCAAGGCCGUCACCAAGUACACCAGCAGCAAGUAAACGGCGCAAUCCGUGC